UCUUUGCUCUCGACGGCUUCCGAGCCUAAAUUCACUACCGAUCCAAGUCUAAACCAGACAGAUUCCGAGUGUUUACCUCUUGCGGCUGUCGAUUCAUUGGUGAAGAAACUGAAGAAGAAGAAGAGUGGUCAGGGCACUGUGGAGGACCUGGAAUUUGCUUUAGCAAAUCCCGGUAUGCAUAGUAAAUGUGUUACAAUACCGAGGUCAUUGGACGGUAGACUUCAGGUAUCACAUCGAAAAGGAUUACCGCAUGUGAUAUAUUGUCGUGUAUGGAGAUGGCCUGAUUUGCAGUCUCAUCAUGAACUAAAACCUGUGCCUGAAUGUUUGUACCCAUAUGACAAUAAAAGCCAAUUAAUUUGUAUCAAUCCGUAUCAUUAUCAAAGAAUUGAACCACAGUCACUUCUGAUUGUAAGUGAUCGUUUUGCUCGAGUGAUCUGUCAGAUGUGUUGA